CACGUGGUGGCUCCGCGCAUGCGCAGAGAGUAGGCGGAAAGACAGCGUGGGUUUCUGUUUUGAGCUGAAGGAGCUGCUGUUAUUAUCAUUACAGUCAGAUACUAACCCCUAACAUCUCCUAAUUACCCCUAAUACCUCCUAAUUACCCCCAUUUACCCCAGUUUAUCCUGAAUGAUGAGUUCCUGCAGCUGCAGAGAGCAGAGCCUCAGACUGAACCAGCAGGUCAAUGUGAUGAGGAAGGAGAUCAAAAACCUCAGGCAGCAGAUAGACAGCGCUGUUCGAGCUCACAGGAAGCACAUGAGCUCCCUGCAGUCUGAGCUGGAGAUCUGGAGUCGAGGGAAACCUCAGAAGAGACCAGCAGCUCCGGACCCACAGCCAGGGCCCGAGAUAUCCCUAGAGAAAGGUUGUAUCCAGACUGUCCCCAUCGGCUACAUCGAUUCCUGCUUCUCCAGAAAGAACGGUACUCCCCGUCAGCCGGCGGUCUGCACCGUAUCCCGCGCCAGCCUGCAGAUUCAGCCCUCAGUCUUCAACAACCCUGAUCACGCUCUGACCGGCCUGGAGAACUACUCUCACGUCUGGCUGAUUUUCCUCUUCCAUAAGAACGGACACCUGAGCUACAAAGCAAAGGUAAAGCCUCCUCGGCUCAACGGUCAGAAGGUGGGGGUGUACUCCACCCGCAGCCCCCACCGACCCAACGCCAUCGGCCUCACCCUCGCCAAACUGGAGAGCAUCACAGGUGAUACGCUCCACCUGUCAGGUGUGGAUCUGAUCUCAGGGACUCCUGUUCUGGACAUUAAGCCUUAUAUUCCGGACUAUGACUCUCCGUCCGUCACUAACCGGGUAAACCUGAGCGUUCCUGAGCAAACAGAGAGCAUGGAGGACUCAGAACCAGAACCAGAACCUGAGGAGCUUCAGAACCCAGCAGUGGAACUUUCUGCUCCAGUUAGUCCUCCACACGCCUCAGAGAACUUCCUCAGCAGAGCUCUGGCUGAGGUGAGGGAUUAUCUCCAGCAGGGGGCGCCGUCUGCUGAGAGCUCAGCUGAAGAGAAGCCUUCUGGGUCUGGACCAGAACCAGAACCGGGACUGGAGCGAGAGGACACUGCCAGGUUGAGUUAUGGAGCAGAUUCGUACAGCAGCAUCGCAGACUGGAUCAGAAACCCUCCAGUAUCCAAACUCAGCGUCCGAUUCACCCCGACCGCCCAAUCAGAACUCGCCCAGUUCCUCCCCCCACACAGCACAGAAUGGGGCCGGCCGAAGUUCCAGUUUCUGAAAGGUGCUGAUGAGGCGGAGGCGGCGGUUCGGGGGAUUUUGGCGGCUGAUCCGCGGUCAGUAUACCGGAGAACCCGCUGCAGAGACCGGCUCUUCUUCUUCACUCUGGACUCGGCUGAGAUCACCUGCUGGUUCGGGGACGGGUUCGCGGAGGUGCUGCGAGUCCGACCCGUCCAAACGCAGGAGAUCCCGACUUAAUCCUGCUCAGAUUCCAGAACCCAGGAUUUACUGCUAAAGUCCUGCUCUGUACUCUACUGUACUCUACUGUACUCUACUGUACUGUACUGUACUCUACUGUACUGUACUCUACUGUACUCUACUGUACUGUACUCUACUGUACUGUACUCUACUGUACUGUACUGUACUCUACUGUACUCUACUGUACUGUACUCUACUGUACUGUACUCUACUGUACUGUACUCUACUGUACUGUACUCUACUCUACUGUACUGUACUCUACUGUACUCUACUGUACUGUACUCCACUGUACUGUACUGUACUGUACUCUACUGUACUGUACUCUACUCUACUGUACUGUACUCUACUGUACUCUACUCUACUGUACUGUACUCUACUGUACUCUACUGUACUGUACUCCACUGUACUGUACUGUACUCUACUGUACUGUACUCUACUGUACUGUACUGUACUCUACUGUACUGUACUGUACUCUACUGUACUGUACUCUACUCUACUGUACUGUACUCUACUGUACUCUACUCUACUGUACUGUACUCUACUGUACUCUACUGUACUCCACUGUACUGUACUGUACUCCACUGUACUGUACUGUACUCUACUGUACUCUACUGUACUGUACUGUACUCUACUGUACUCUACUGUACUGUACUCUACUGUACUGUACUCUACUGUAUUGUACUCUACUGUACUCUACUGUACUGUACUGUACUCUACUGUACUGUACUGUACUCUACUGUACUGUACUCUACUGUACUCUACUGUACUGUACUCUACUGUAUUGUACUCUACUGUACUCUACUGUACUGUACUGUACUCUACUGUACUCUACUGUACUGUACUGUACUCUACUGUACUGUACUCUACUGUACUGUACUCUACUCUACUGUACUCUACUGUACUGUACUCUACUCUACUGUACUGUACUGUACUGUACUCUACUGUACUGUACUGUACUCUAAUGUACUCUACUGUACUGUACUCUACUCUAAUGUACUCUACUGUACUGUACUCUACUGUACUCUACUGUACUGUACUGUACUCUACUCUAAUGUACUCUACUGUACUGUACUCUACUGUACUCUACUGUACUGUACUCUACUGUACUCUACUGUACUCUACUGUACUGUACUCUACUGUACUGUACUCUACUCUACUCUACUGUACUCUACUCUACUGUACUCUACUGUACUCACUGCAGUCCCGUCUGAUCAUCUACAUCUUCUACAGCUGCUGAUCAGCUGCUUUCUCUAUUGAAUCUACAGUGUAACCUGAUAUUCACCUGCUUAGAAAUGUAAAGUGCAGUUCAGAUGCAGCAGCUGUGAUUGGUCCACUGAGCUUUAUGUUACCGCCGACAUAUUACAAAAAAAAAACACUUCGUGGGAACAAAGGCUGUCGGUUUAAAAAAAAAAAUCAAGAACUUUAAAAGUGCAGCUCUGAUGAAACUGGCUCUCAUCAGGACCACGCCUAUUCAUUUACUAUGUAGGAACACAAAUUUUAUAUAUAUUAAAAAACAUUGAGGGGAAGGUGUGUCCAAACUUUUUACUGUUUUUUUAAAACAACUAAAAUAAAUCAAGGCUGAUAAACUGA